AUGGGAAAUUCGUAUGCGGGCCAACUCCGGACCACGCGCUUUGAGGAGGUCCUUCAUAACUCCAUUGAGGCAUCACUGAGGUCAAACACUGUGGUGCCACAACCUGUUUUCUCACAGCUUUACCUUGAGACAGAGCAGCUUUUGGCACAUGAUGGCCGCACAGAAAAUGAUGAUGAGGAUGAUGAAGAUGGCUCAGAGUCUGACAGUCCUCCAAUACCCUACCAGAUGAAGACCCCACCUGAGGGGUGCUGCACCACUGAUGGAUUCUGUCAAGCGAGAAAAGACUUGCGUCUGUCCUCACUGGCGUCGGAUCCCCUGGAUGUGGCUUCUGGAUUCAUGUUGGUUGGGAUAAAGUCUCCAUCCCUCCCUGAGACUUUGCUGGUGUGUGCUGUUGAUCGCCGUUUCCUGCCAGAUGAAGGCGGUCAAAAUGCAUUGCUGGGCUUCUUGGGGAAUUGUGUUGGCUGUGGUGAAAAAGGCUUCCGCUAUUUCACAGAGUUCUCUAAUCACAUCAACCUGAAACUCAGCACUCAGCCCAAGAAACAGAAGCACUUGAAAUACCAUCUAUAUCGAAACAAUCAGGGAAUUCUGGUCAAGGGAGCUCUCAUCUGUUGGAGGGAUCACGACAGCAGGAUGAGGCACAUGUGCUCCAAUUUCUCAGAAGACCAUGUAACAUCAGAUGAACCUGCACCAACCCUGGCAUUUAUUCGUCCAUCAGACACACCUGGUAGCUGCACAGGUUCUCACAUUGAGGCGAGAGCUCUGCCACAUAUGACCAACACACCUCACUCCCUGACAAAUGGUAACCAUGCGGCUCCAUCUGUUGCUCAACCGCUUUCACAUCAGUCAGGGACUGGGAAGCCUUCAGGACCCCAUACGAAUGCUGGACCCCCCAAAAAAAGGCACAAGGGCUGGUCGCCUGAGUCGUCCAGCUCCAGUGUGCCAGAAAAUGCUGUCAAAACACCUUGCUCUUCAUCAUCAACAUUAUCUGUGUCAUCUUCUAUUGCCAGUGAAGUCAGAUUAGAGGCGACAGUGAGUUUAUCACAGGGAUCGUUAACUCCACUGUCUCCACCGGAGCUGUCUGUAAUGGUGCCUGAUCAGCUGCUUCACAUCUGCAGUCUACAGCCUGUCAUCUUCAAAGGCCAUGGUCCUCUUCCUCAACUGACUGGCAACAUUAGUGAAGUGCUUGUCAGUUCUCUGCUUCAGAGUUGCUACCUCAGCUCCCAGACUCUCCCCAGGAUCUACCAGCAGUACGGGCCAUCCCCAGUUCAGCCACUGUCAGUUGAGAUGCAGAUUCUGCUCACCGUAUACUACCUUGUUCAACUCGGCUUGGAUCAAGUUCCCCUGAUUGAGGACUUGGAACAAAUAUUCAUGAGGUCAUGGAGGGAGUCCCACCUAAGUGAGAUCAGACAGCAUCAGCAAACUUAUUCAUCAGUCAACCAAGUGAGACACUAUGGUAUCGAGAACCCCUCCAGUUUUCAUGGGCUUCCCCAGCAUCUUGCUUUGCUGCCACACUGUCAACUACCCCUGACCCCCAGCCAGCUUCUCUGGCUUGCCCAACUGGCGGCUUCUUCUUAUGGAGAGGGUGUGGUGGUCCUUGGGGAGGUGACAUCUUUGGCUCAAGGCCUUCAGCAAACAUUCAGUAGGUUAAUGGAAGGACAACUUGAAAACACCAACUAUGUUGUCAUCAUUGCCACUGCAGCAGGAAAAGAAACUCAGUCUUGUGUUAUAGUCACAGGCAAACAUCAGUGCCGUGCCCUUACGGAGAGUAUGUAUUCUCCCAGUGAAGGGCUCAGAGAAAUUACCCAGCAACUCUCUUCUGGUUUGGCCCGAGAACUCAUACAGUACUGCAGCUCCCUCGGACAAGAGGGUGAUAUAGAGCCUCUGCUGAACAGCACCACUGGUGACAGUGAUGAGACGUCUCCUUUAACUAGCAGUCAUGAAUCAUCUGAGGAGAGGAGUCCACCAAAGAAACACAGUCCAAAGGAUUCGUACGCGCAAAUAUCACAAGACACAACAAGCCCUAAAGUCAGCACUCCAAGUUCCAAAGAUACAUGUUCAGAAUACAGCGUAGAGUGGCAUGAAGUUCGUCCCAUCCAGCUGGCAGUAGCCAGAAAGCUGCUGUCCCAUGUUUGUGCCAUAGCAGACUCCAGCACACAAAACCUUGACCUAGGCUCUUUUGACAGAGUCAGCUUCCUCAUCUUGGUCCCACCCUCUGAGGUCACAUUUCAACAGACAGUUUUGCAUCUGUGGAACUCUGGUAUCCUUCGGGGACUUGGGGGUUUAGAUCAGGAGUGUGUUUCUCACCAGGAUGCUGAGCAGUACGUGGUCAAGAUUGAUCAGAGCUCCCAAACACGAAUUGACAGACUUAUCCAAGAAGCACACAGUAAUUCCUACACAUUGUACAUCCUUGUCCAUGACCAUGCCCACUGGGAUGUUACCAGUGCAUCCUACAACAGUUCAGACAGUGGUUUGGGUCUGGUGGACAAGCUGUUAAACUCCACACAGAUCAGAGAUGCUCCAAAUAUCCUCAUUCUGCACGUCACCUCCUUCCCCUUCACCUUGCAGACACAGUACACACGCAUCAGCCCCUACAAUGAGAUCCACUGGCCCGCUGCUUUCAGCAAUGAUGUGGACCUGUACCACGAGAGGAUGAGAUACUUUGGUGUUUCUGAGCUUUUAGAGUUGACUCAUUCAGGGAACAGCCUGCCUCUGAUGCGUUAUGAUUCCUCUUUUGAAAGCAUUGCAUCUGCGCUCGAAGAAAGAUUCCCUCAACUGCACAGUUCAGUAAUCCGGACUGUAGUUUUAAUCCAACACUACUGCCUCGCUCUGAUGGCUGCCUCUGGCAGAAUAUGCGGCUCCAACAAUCUUCUUAAGCACACAUCUGUGGAGACCUUGGAGAUUGUCCAAUCCCUGCUCACUGCUACCCAGCAGUGCUCCGCCCAACAUGGUCACAUGGUCUUGCUGCGGAUCCCCUCGCUGGCUCUUGCAUCAUGGGCCCACCAACGGCUAUCCAGUGUGAGAAGGCAGUUGGGUCUGGAUGAGAGAUUUGAAAUCAUACUGGGGAAUCCCAGCCAAGCACUGAACAUUGGACAGAACUUUAGUGAUCAGAUAAAGACAUGGCUCAAGAUCCAGGAUGGUGGCUGGGUGCCUCGGACAUACCUGGAGCUGGAGGCUCUUCCCUGCAUAUUAAUCCUGUCAGGGGCAGAACCCUUGGGAGAAUCGCUGCCCCGGUCACUGAAGUACUGUGAUCUUCGAGUGAUAAGCUGCUCAUACUUUCAGCGUACCACAGUUGAAAAAGAGCUUGGGCUGGCUGCGUAUCUCGUGAGGGCAGAGUCACGACCUAUGAACAAUCCAGAACCAGGACGUAACCUGCUGGAGAGUGAUGGAGAAAAACUCAGUAGUACUGACAAUGAGGAGGACGAAGGUCAGGAGAAUGGGGAUUCUCCUUUGUCAACCACCCAACCACUCCAGUCAUGCCCAAGCAGUGGAGCCUCAGAUCCCUUCCCUCCCCAAAGCAUCACUGCACCGGAUGCUCAGAAGGCAGCAAUAGAACCAAUUCAGUUAUCUUCACAAUCCCAGCCUCAUCUUCAGCCACAGCUCUUGUCUCAGUCUUUUACAUGUCCUCAAGUGCCUCAAGUGCAAAUUUAUUCUCUGGCCCAACCCAUCUCCCAGCUGCAGCCAAAACCCCAAGUUCCACCAUUACCUCAAACAAGCUCCCAGCCUUACACUCCAACGCUCCCCCAACAUCACUCCCUCUCCCAGAGGCAAGUACUUCACCCUCAUCCUCAGCUGCUGCCAACUAUCCAGUCUUCUCAACAGCACUCCAAAGCCACCUCUUCUGGCUCCACAUCGCCUCGCACCUCCUCUCCUCAUCCAAACUGCUCCUGGGCACGGGGGGUGUGUCGACCACCUUCUGUGCUCCUCCCCCGUGCUCUUUACGAUGUUAUUACCACAAGUGACAGCAGUGGGCUUCCACGAUGUACCUCAUUUCUUCCACACAUGUCUGUCGCAUGGACUAGUAGUUUCAGGCCUUUGCUAAGUAAGAUGAUGACGUGCACUGAACAGUCGCUCUAUUAUCGUCAGUGGACUGUCCCCCGCUCCUACCACAUGGACAGCAGCAAUCGCACUGAAGGACGCACUGACACCUUUCACCCUCGGAGGCUGCUUCUCAGCGGACCCCCACAGGUGGGUAAGACAGGAGCAUACAUCCACUUCCUUGGCAUUCUUUCACGGAUGCUAAUCCGGCUGAUGGAGGUGGAUAUCUACGAUGAAGAAGAAAUCAACUACACUGUCCCAGUGGAAGGGGUACAGUACCACCCAUCCAAUGCUGCCUGGCCCAACUCAGACAUUAUGAGGAUGAUGCCCUUUGACUACACCAUCCAUGAUCCAAAAUAUGAUAUCAGUGCUGUUUACUGCCCUGGAUAUAAACCCAGUGCUGAUGGAAACCCAGUACGUCAGGAGGAUGUGUAUCUACGCAGGCGGACAUGUAGGAUCAAGCUAUCUAAAUAUGCAGCCUACAAUACCUAUCACCACUGUGAGCAGUGCCACCAAUACCUGGGCUUCAACCCCAGAUACCAGAUGUAUGAAUCAACACUGCACGCCUUCACAUUCACCCAUCUUCUGCUCGGGGAUGAGAUCCAGCUUUACUUCAUCAUUCCAAAGUCUAAAGAGCACUACUUCAGCUUUAGCCAAUCGGGAGGUCAGCUGGAGAGCAUGAGGCUGCCUCUCACUUCUGACUGGAAUCCAGACUGCAUCAAGAGUCCAAUCUUCACACCAACCACUGGUCGUCAUGAGCAUGGUCUGUUCAACCUGUAUCAUGCUAUGGAUGGAGCAUCACAUUUGCAUAUCUUGGUGAUCAAGGAGUAUGAGAUGGCCGUCUAUAAGAAGUAUUGGCCCAACCACAUCAUGUUGGUGCUACCCACAGUCUUUAAUGAAGCUGGAAUAGGUGCUGCUCACUUCCUGAUUAAAGAGCUCUCCUAUCAUAACCUGGAGCUGGAGCGCAGUCGUCGGUCAGAGGGUGGCAGUCCGGCAGGUGACGUCUGGCCUUUCAUUAUCCUGGCUGAUGACUCAUGUGUCAUGUGGAACGCAGUGGACCUUGACGCACACAAUGCUUCAGUAGAUCAUGCUGUGUCACUGAAGCAUGUCUUGCAGCACAUGGAAGCCUGUCCUGACCUGGUCCAUUACGGGCUGUGUGGGAUCAGGAAAUGGAGCAGCCGAGGACUCACAGGUGACAGACAGAGGGAGCCCUUCUCCAGAGGUUACCUUCAUGAUUUCAUACUCCUUAAUGUCGAUCAGAGUCAGAACAUCCAGUAUGACCAGAACCGCUUCACCUGUCAUGAUGUGGAUUUCACACUGAGGCUGCACAGUGCCGGGUUGCUUGUCUGCCGGUUUAACUGCUUUAGUGUCAUGAAGAAGCAGAUUGCAAUUGGAGGCUACAGGACAUUCAUUAUCAAAACCAAGAUGACAGAUGUCCCCACCUCAGUGGGGCCUUUGCAAUAUGUGUGCGCUCCAGACAGCAAGCAUGUUUUCUUGGCUGCACCAGCCCAGCUUCUCCUGGAAAAAUACCUCCAGCACAACAGCCAGAAACUAUUCCCGCUCAGCACCAAGAACAACACCCACCCUGUCCUGUCUGUGGACUGCUACCUCAACCUGGGACCUGAGGUGACUGUGUGUUUUGUGAGUUCCAGACCUCAUUCGGUCAACAUCGACACCACUGGGCUCCUGUUCAGUGGCCUCUUCCUCUGUUUUGUCGACUCCUUUGUCACUGCUGGGUUUCUCAAGGAGUUUACCUUUCUCAAAGGUGCGACUUUGUGUGUCAUUGGAGCAGAUCGUAGCUCCUUAAGACAGACGGUGGGCAGGCUGGAGCUGGAGGAGGAGUGGAGGUUCAGACUCAGUGAUGAAUUCCAGACUGCCAGUGCCAAGGAGGACCGACCACUCUUCUUUCUGACUGGAAAACACAUAUGACACCAACACAUAGUAAACUGUUGCCUUCAAACAAUCCCAGCCCAGAUCAAAACAGACAUGGAAUGUACAUGAGAAGGACGUUGUUCUGUGGUGACACAGCAAGCACUAACAUGACUUACAAAUGGA